UCCCGCCGUCCAAAUCAGUCUCUCUCAUCUCCUCUUCUUUCUUAGCCACCCCACGCGCAAUCGAUGGCUAUGUACGCUCUGUCCCUUUCUCCUCGUUCCCACGUAUUUCUAUAUAUAUAUAGCUCGACAUCUUCUUCUUUCCCACAUUGCAGACCUUGGGAUUUCUCGACGCACAUACGGUACUCUCAUAAACCAAAUACGAUACAGCACAUACUCCCCCAAACUUUGGCACUCCCGUGAGAGUUACAGUUACAUUGAGGCAGCGCGAGAUCUCAGUUCUGGGUCACUUGACCAUGGAAGUGGAGUCUUGUAUUCCACCAGGGUUCAGAUUCCACCCCACAGAAGAAGAACUUGUGGGAUACUACCUCGCAAGAAAAGUUUCCUCCCAAAAGAUUGAUCUGGAGGUCAUUACAGAUAUAGACCUCUACAGAAUAGAACCAUGGGAUCUGCAAGACAGGUGCAACCUUGGUCAUGAGGAGCAGAAAGAGUGGUACUUCUUUAGCCAUAAAGACAAGAAGUAUCCAAGUGGAACACGCACUAAUAGGGCCACCUCCACUGGAUUUUGGAAGGCGACAGGGCGGGACAAGGCUGUGACAUCAAAAUGUAACAUUAUAGGGAUGAGGAAGACUCUUGUGUUUUACGAAGGCCGUGCACCCAAUGGAAGGAAAACAGAUUGGAUCAUGCAUGAAUACCGCCUUCAGUCAAGUGAAAAUGGUCCCCCUCAGGAAGAAGGAUGGGUUGUAUGCCGAGCAUUUAAGAAGCAAAAUACCAGUCAGAGGCAAUGCUUCAACACUUACAAUCCUCAAUACUGCAUUAGAGAUCAUGACUGCUAUGGAUUAGAAGCACUUUCCGAUGCCUGUAUGACCACUCGUUUGGCGAACUCGAUUGCAGCCCAAACUUUUCAUGAGCAAUCAUUUAGAUGUGAGAUGGAGCUUGGAUUUAGACAGGCCCACCUUAAUCAUGUCCUUGAGAUUCCAUCACUGGAUAGCCCUAGUCUAUCAACAAAUUUAGCUGUGAAGGAAAUCUUUGAACCUAGUAUUGUGGCUAAUGAGGACCAUAGUGCCCAAAGAAAUGAUUUCAGAGGACAGUUCAUUGAUUGGAAAGCAUUAGACAAGUUGCUCGCGUCCCAGCUAAAUGAAUCAUUUGCAUCUUCUAACUCAAAUGUGCCACUAAUUCCUCUGGAUUAUGACAUAGAUGCUCAAAACCAAGAUCAUUUUCUGUCCUUCUAAAGCUAGUAUCGGUGACUUCGGUUGACACAAUGUUUUCUGCUGGCCGAUGGUGAUCUGUAGCAGUUGCAUAUCAUCUCCAGAAACUGAACAAGAAAUAGAGGAAAAACUAAUAAUGAAAUCAAGUGAAAAUUAGGUAGACAAGCUUUUGACUUUGUAGUUUGAUUUAGUCUUCCGCUUUCAAGUUCUUGGAGAAAAAGGAACUCCUUUCUUCUUGAUAACUCUACCAUAGUAUGGAAUUGUGAAGCUUUGGGUGAUUUUUUUCCCCUUCUUUCUCUGAGCUAGUAUUAUGAGUUUUCCAGCAAUAGUAAAAUAAUCUCUGAGGUGAUUUUCUUUUCUUUUCUUUUCUUUAGUUCUUGCUGUAAGGUACUGGUCCUAGAACUCUUUUCUACUGUACGUUAGGUUAGCACUAAUUGUGCUAUACUUAUUCCUGGAGAUGCAACGAAUCACAAUAUUUGUUCA